ACAAAUAGUCUAGUUGCUUGUAGCUAAGCAUGGGCAGAAAGUGUGUGGGACAAAAUAAAGUCAGUUUAAUUUCUACAGUGUUCAGUGGGGCUCUCUGACAUUGUUUAGUCUGUUGCUUUAAAGUUUGCAGUUCUUUAUGUGUCGUUAGUAAUAUUUUGCUGCUUUGGGGAAGAGCCUGAAGUUUUGUUAAGCAAAGGCUUCAUCUUGGCUGGUUUGUCUCAUGAUCUUUUGAGAAUCAGCAACUGUACCGGAGAGAUGUCCCCUGUGUAGAACUCUAGCUCCUGUGCCAUGUACCAGUCUGGCUUUGUGCCGCAGGAGUAUUGCCCAACUGCGAUCCCCCCUGCUGCUUACCCACUGCUGCAGACUGCAAGAGCAGAAGACAUGACCAGCCCCAUGAUGUUCCCUCCCAUCCACAUGCACAACAUCUAUAGUCGACCUGUCACCUUUGUGGUGGACCGAAACAGCUACCCUGACUACAUGGGAGGUCAGAUGGAGUAUCAUCAUCUUUACGGUGCCUCCAGUCCCUAUUUCCGUCCCUAUUACACCUGGCACUUCCCUCCUGUGGUCCCCAUCCCUCUCUACAAUCCCUAUGCAAACUACAGUCCCUAUGUUGCCUACCAGAGGUCAGAUCAUUUUCGAGAAACGUGGCCAGAAGGUUUCACAAUGAGAGGGGAGCUUCAGUGGGGGAAGCUUGGAAAGGUGUUUGGACCAAGGAAAGAGCUCCCAGAAUUUGUGAAGGAUGAUCUCCGAAGGGUUUAUGGCACCUACCCACGAACCAAUGUCUCCAUAACCUACCGGAAAGGGGAGUUUCUGGUCAAGGGAGACCCCAGGGUUGGAGAGCAGGAAUAUGCAGUGGAAAAAAAAGUCAUUCGGCAGGCUACAACUCCCAGUGCCAGUGAGGCAGAUGACAGCAGCGAGGAUCGGAACCGUAAGAAGAAAAAGAAACCAAGACAUUGAUGUCAUCAGUCAACUGAUGGACGUCUAGAUGCUCCAGAGUCUGUAGAGGAGCAGAUGGCAGCUGUUCUUGGUGCAGCUGUCAAAUAGCAUAAGCCACUAUUCCCACUGUCUUUUAACUGCUCCUCAUGCUCCGUGAGCUUACGGCAGCUUCACCCUGCUUGGUGUGCAAUGCUCAUCCUGUGAAAAAAACACUUGCACUUGGCUCUUGGCUCAGCUAUUUGGUUCCAUUUUUUUAAUGAGUGUUUGAUUUCCACUGGUUUGGUUGAGAGGUCACAGCCUAGGGGGAGGGGAUUUCCAGACAGCAGCCUUUGAAUAGAAGGUGGGCCUCUUCCCAACCUUUCCAAGUGAAGGUCCUGGAAGCUGGCUCCCUCCCUGGCACAAAGCUAAGGAGAUCAAAGUAGAAUAUCCUCCAGGAUGGAGGUAGUGCAAGUCAAGACAGAUUCUUGAGCACUGUGAAAGAGCAAUUGUCUGCAUAUCUUGUCACAACUGUUUAUGACCAUACCAUUACGCUUAAUCACCAUGUGAUACCUAUGCAUAGCACUUCUCUACACACUGGCAGAAGAUCCUGAUAUCUCUGUCCUCACACUUGGUAACAUGGUGCUCAGUUCUCCUGGCCACAUGUCUAUGUUGAAAUUGUGGCUUGACACCCUAUUCUGGGUCUGACUCAGCUCAUGUUGGAUGUGCUGGUUUUCCAGUGAGGCUGCUGGAGUUGUGUGAACCACAACACUCCCACAGUAUGCUCUCUUGGAAGGGUGGGCUUCAGUGUUGUGCUGUAAGCCUGGAGGCUUAUGAGGAGCUGUGUCUGACUUGCCCACAAACUUCUGUAUCUUUUAAAAUGAUUAUAUGUAAUAAAUCCCUUCAAAUGCAAA